AGAUUGCUCAGACUCUUCAGCACGGGCUACAGGGCAAGAAGCACGAAGACACAAGCCCUUUCAGAUAGACACAGGGACACAGACUCCCUCCGGCUCUCCAGCAGACACGAGUUUCCCUAGAUCCUCAGCAGAGACAUUAAGGUCACCCUACAGGGACGCAGAGAAGGCAUCUGCCCAGUUUAAAGGAACAGCCUCUCUUCAGUAUUUUUGCCAGUUUUGCUGAUCACACCACAGGGAAAAUGAGCUUCCUAGCACUUAACCCCGUCCUUGCUAUUGCCCUUCUUUCUGGAUUCAUUGACUUGGCUGUGUCAUCGUGCCCAGCAGUGUGCCAAUGUCCGGUUGAAGUACCCAAAUGUGCCCCAGGAGUUGGACUGGUUCUGGAUGGUUGUGGAUGUUGCAAAAUCUGUGCUAAGCAGCUCAAUGAAGAUUGCAGCAAAACUCAUCCUUGUGAUCACACCAAGGGACUUGAAUGCAAUUUUGGAGCCAGUUCCAGAGCCAUUAAGGGAAUAUGUAGAGCAAAAUCAGAAGGGAGACCUUGUGAGUACAAUUCCAAAAUCUACCAGAAUGGAGAAAGUUUUCAGCCAAACUGCAAGCAUCAGUGCACAUGCAUAGAUGGAGCUGUUGGUUGCCUUCCAUUGUGUCCUCAAGAACUAUCCCUGCCUAACUUGGGCUGCCCAAAUCCAAGGCUGGUGAAGGUUCCAGGGCAGUGCUGUGAGGAGUGGGUCUGCGAUGAAGCCAAAGAUCCAGUCGAUGAGAUGGAUGACUUCUUUAACAAAGAAUUUGGAAUGGAUACUAAUGAAGGAGAACUUACAAGGAAAAAUGAAUUUGUUGCGGUCAUCAAAGGAGGACUAAAAAUGCUGCCUGUUUUUGGCUCUGACCCGCAAAGUCAUGUUGUGGAGAACUCGAAGUGCAUUGUUCAAACCACAUCGUGGUCUCAGUGCUCAAAGACCUGUGGAACUGGUAUCUCUACGAGAGUCACAAAUGAUAACAGCAACUGCAGACUCGUGAGGGAGACCAGAAUCUGUGAAGUCCGACCUUGUGGCCAGCCAAGCUAUACAAGUUUAAAGAAGGGAAAGAAAUGCACCAAGACAAAAAAAUCUCAAGCUCCAGUAAGAUACACAUACGCCGGAUGUUCCAGUGUAAAGAAAUAUCGUCCAAAAUAUUGUGGAUCAUGUGUGGAUGGGAGGUGCUGCACUCCACAGCAGACAAGGACUGUCAAAAUCCGAUUCCGUUGUGAGGAUGGGGAGACCUUUACUAAAAAUGUCAUGAUGAUCCAGUCAUGUAGAUGCAACUACAACUGCCCACAUACAAAUGAAGCCUAUCCUUACUACAGAUUAUUCAAUGAUAUCCACAAAUUCAGAGACUAAAUGCUACUUGCUUUAAACUUGAGUGCCUUCUAUGGACGAUUUUAGGUACUUUGAACUUCCAAUUUGCAUACGUCAUCUGGACUUUAUUGCUAAAGACUGAAAUAUUUUAAUGCUUCAUAAUGGAGCUAACUAAUUGCUUCUUUUUUUGGAGCAUAAUAAUAAUUUCUGUUUUUCUGCUUAGUAUUUUUUUUUUUUUUUUGGUGACCAUUCCCUCGAAGGCUAGAAAGGACCCCUCAGCCUGUUGGUGUCUUUUCUUUUUUUCUUGUACACAAAGUGUUAAGGGGUUUCCACAUUCUCUUUAGUGAAAGACAGAAACUCCGUAAACAUGUUCCAAAACAAGUUGAACGUUACAUUCCUUCCUGAUGGAGCACGCUUCAGUGUUCAUCUGUGGCAGCUAUUACAAUCAAGCAAUUCUUAAGCAAACAGAAAUCCGCUGUGUCUUUUUUUCCUCUAAUUAAAUGUGUUUUAUUUAUCAAAAAUGUAGCUUUUUGUGACAAAUGUAGUACUGGAAUUAUUGUAAAUAGUUUUAAUUUUUAUAUUCGGUGAAUCAAGAAUUUAUUUAUGGAAUUAAUCAAUUAAUAAAACUAUUUACAUAUUUAUACAUUUAA